AUGUUACUUGUUUUACGCAACGGUAAACUACCAAGAGGGCAUUUAACACAUCUUGCAAGGCAAUUUUGUGUACACAAGUCAACAAUAACCCGUGUUUUUCAAGACAUUAAGCAACAACUGGAAGGGGGGAAUGUCAUUGAUGUGAGGAACAAAAAAAUUGGCAAAUGUGGGCCAAAAUCAAGAGAGUAUACAGCCGAAUUUUUACAGCCGGUACCACUUCAUUUAAGGACAACAGAGAGGGGGUAUGCAGGUGCAUUGAAGAUAUCAAAAUCAACACUCCAUGAAUUAAAGAAGAAGGGGGUAUUGAGGACGCACACUAGCACAAACAAGCCAAGACUCACUUCAAAUCACAAAAUAGCAAGAUUGACGUGGGUUCUUUCACACAUACAGCCAGCAACACAUACAUCACCUCCCACAUUUCAUGCAAUGAAUCAUGUCAUUCACAUCGACGAGAAGUGGUUUUAUCUAAACCCGGAUACAAGAAGAUUCUAUCUUCUUCCGAAUGAAGAAGAUCCAUACAGAUGUGAACAAUCAAAAAGGUUCAAGUGUAAGGCAAUGUUUAUGGGCAUAAUAGGCAAACCGUUGUUUGAUGAACAAGACCAACUGAUUCAUGAUGGAAAGUAUGGUAUCAUUCCUUUUGUUUAUCAACAACUUGCAAAGAAAGGAAGCAAAAAUAGGCCAGCAGGUACUAUUGAAACAAAAGCGACACAAAACGUAAAUCGGGGUGAAAUAAGGAAUAUGUUGAUCAAUGAAGUUCUACCAGCAAUAAGAAGCAAAUGGCCAAGCAUAUUGCCAAAACAUGUUAUAAUUCAAUGGGACAAUGCAAGGCCACAUCAAGUGCCGACAGAUGAAGAGUUUUUGGCUGCAUUGGAGGAGGGGGGGUUCAACAUAUAG